GCAGUGCGGCCGAGUGUCGGCGAGAGCGAUCACCCUGCUCCGGGGCCGGCCCGCGCGCUGCGCGCACAGGUGGGCCGCGCUUCCCCAGAGGGAGGGCGGUGGCCCCGCCUCGUCUCGGCGGCGCCCCCGAGGAGCCCGGCCGGGUCGUGCCGGGCCGCCCGCGGCAGUGGGUGUGUGGCGCGUUGCCUCCCGUCUCCUGGUCGACGGCAGUGGCAAUAAUUUAUGGCGCCCAUCGCGGCCGCCCCUCAGGCUAACGCCGUGCGGGGUGCAGGAGUCUCGCGAGAUGGAGGCACUGCAGCCGGUUCGCGCGCGGCCUCGCUUCCUUUUGUUCUCUUCUCGUUGGUUGUGGCGGGCCAGGCCGCGGAACGCCCCGGGCCGGCCCAGUCGGCCGGGGCCUUUGGCCCAUGUGCUGCGGCCCCCGCCUGGUUCUGGCUACUUAUACGUGGGCCGGGGCCCCUGCCUUUCGGCCCAGGCGGCCGGCAGGCUUGUGGCCCGCCCAUGUCUGUAAGUGAGUGGGCCAGCCCCUGCUGCACGGUCGCAUCGCGUGGGCAAUUGCACCGCCCCCGCAAGUUGGUUGGCAGGCACGUAGGCCGACCCGAUUGUGGCGACGCGAUGUCACCAAAGCUGCGGGGGCCCGGGGGUACCCGUUACGCAAAGCACCCUCCGACCGGCGCUUGCCUUUCAUGCAGUACUGCGUGUUUUCUUUCAGCCACCAGGGGACGUCGCGUUCUAGAAGAGUUGGGCCCCCAUUUCUGCGCGCUCCGUAUCGCGUAGUAGAUUUCCGGCCUGACCAUGUCUGGGCAAGUAGAGCACUCGAAGACUCGUCUUGUGCGUCCUUUUGGUAGCAAGCGCGGGACGAAAAUGCUGUAUCAGGAACCCUGAUCCAAAACCUAAUAUCUGGC